AAUUUAAUAGUACAUAUACAAAUUUAUUUAAAUUGUGGUUUGUUAAAUAGAGCAAAUAAUACAUUAAUGAAAUAUAGGAAAAAAUAUAUUCAAAAUUGUGAUAAAAACAUUGAACUUUAUAAUAUGCUUUUGGAAGCUUAUGCUUCUAGAAGAAAAGUAACAAAAGUUUUAGAGUUAUAUGAUAUGAUAAAAGAAGAUUCCUUAACUCCAACACCACAAACUUAUGUAUAUAUAUUUGAUGUUUUGGGGAAAGGAUCUACAAGUAAUCAAAUUGGUAAUAAAAAAAUUAAUAAUGAAAUGAAUAAUUAUAAUAUAUCUUUCGAUGACAUCAUUAAUAAAUCAUAUUUUAAAAAUGAUCAACAAGAAAAUGUAUUAAAAGCAAUUAGGAUAUUAAUACCAAACUUUAAACCUUCUUCUAUAAAUAUAGAUACAAUGUACAAUUGUAAACUUCUAAACCAAAUUCCAAUGUCAAAUAAUUAUGAAAGUCCAGUGAAAGAAUUAUUAACUAAGGAAGAAUUAAAAGAUCUCUUAAAAAUACAACUUCAAAAUGAAUUAGCAAUUGAAAUACAGAUACCAAGUAUUAAAUUAAAUGAAAAAGAAAGAAUUAUGGAAAUAGAAAAUUAUUGGAAAAAAGUAGCAUUUACAGCUUUUGAAAGGAAUUUAAAAUGUUUAAAAGAAAAGGAAUGUCAACAACAUAAUUUGAUGGUUUUAUAUCCCUUUUUAGAAGUUUUGGAUAAAGAACAUUAUAUAAAUGCUAUAUUGCGAGAAAUUAAACAAUUAGCCAUAGGAUCUGAUACUUAUAGUACAUCUCUUAAAUUAUUAUAUAUAACAUUAGGAAAAUAUAUUUAUAAAAAAUAUGAGAUCGAAACAAAAAAAAAAACUGGAGUUUUAGAUAAAAUAAUUAGUACUUAUUUAAGGUAUCUUGAAUGGUAUUUACAUCCUGAAAAUAAGGCAUAUUUAAAUAAUAUGAAUAAUCGCACUAUAUGGCAAUAUUUUGAACAAGAAACAAAAUAUAAUGCAUCUUUAAAUACUGUUUGUUUAGAAUGGCCUAUAGAUGUAAUUAUAAAUGUUGGUAAAUUUUUAUAUAAAAUUAUUUUGAAUGAUAUAAUGCUUCAACCUGAAAUGUUGAAAGGACAAGAUAUAAAACAUUCUAUUCCUGCAUUUUAUACAUUAUUUAGAACAAAGGAAAUUAUUUAUCAGAACAGGUUUGUUAAACCUCAUCCUUUUUUAUCAAAAUUAUAUAAAAAAUCAUAUAUACAAACAUUAACUUUUGAUGUACAACUUUUACCUUCUUAUAGUCCACCGCUUCCAUGGACUUCGAUACAUUCAGGAGGAUAUCUUAUAACAAAAACCGACUUUGUAAGAUCUCCUAACAUUGAUUAUCAAUUUCAAACUACAAAAUCUAAACAAUUAUUUCCUAUAUUUGAUUCAUUGAAUCAAAUUAGUUCUAUUCCAUGGAAAAUUAAUAUUGCUAUACUCGAUAUAGUGAUUAAGAUUUUUCAAGAUGGUGGUUCUGCUGAAUUAAAUGUUCCUCAAUCAGUUUCUGUAUUAUCUCCACCAUGUUCUUUAAAUAAAAAUGCUACUAUUGAAGACAAACAAAAAAUAGCAAUAAUUAUGGCUCAAUAUAGACAAAAAAAGAGUGAUAUGUAUUCUCUAUGGUGUGACACUCUUUAUAAGCUAUCUAUCGCUAAUCAUUUUAGAAACAAAAUAUUUUGGCUACCAUAUAACUUGGAUUUUAGAGGAAGAGUUUAUCCAAUUCCUCCUUAUUUAAAUCAUUUAUCAUCUGAUUUGGGUCGUUCUUUGCUUUUAUUUGCAAAGGGAAAACCUCUAGGACCAAAUGGAAUAAAUUGGUUAAAAUUACAUGUUAUUAAUUUAACUAAUUUUAAAAAGGGAAGUUCUCUUGAAGAACGUCUUGAAUAUGCAAAUCAAAAUAUGGAUAAUAUAAUAGAUAGUGCUACUAAACCUUUAACAGGUAAAAUGUGGUGGAAACAAUCAGAAGAACCAUGGCAAACUUUAGCUGGAUGUAUAGAAAUAGCAAAUGCAUUAAAAUCACCAAAUAUAGAAGAAUAUAUAACUUCGUUUCCAGUACAUCAAGAUGGAAGUUGUAAUGGACUGCAACAUUAUGCAGCUCUUGGUAAAGAUCAAAUUGGGGCAAAAAGUGUUAAUUUAUAUCCAUUUGAUGUUCCAAAAGAUGUAUAUUCUGAAGUUUUAUCAAUUAUAGAAAAUCAAAGACAAAUUGAUGCAAAAAAUAAUGUUAAGAUUGCGCAAUUAUUAGAAGGAUUUAUAAAAAGAAAAAUAAUAAAACAAACAGUAAUGACAACAGUAUAUGGUGUAACAAAAUAUGGUGCAAAACAUCAAAUAGCAAGACAGUUACGAGAUACACCAAAUUUUCCGCAAGAAUAUAUUUGGCCUGCUAGUAUUUAUUUGACGGAAUGUACAUUUUACAGUUUAAGAAAAAUGUUCAAAAGUGCAAAACAAAUUCAAGAUUGGUUUACAGAAUGUGCUCGAAUUAUUUCUUCUAUUUAUUGUGAAAAUGUGGAAUGGAUUACUCCAUUAGGUCUUCCUAUUAUACAACCUUAUAUCAAGCAAUCAACAUCAAAUAUAUAUAUUAAAGGAAAUGGGAAAUCUGAUACAAUAAAACAGCGGAAUGCAUUCGCACCAAAUUUUAUACAUUCUUUGGAUUCUACUCAUAUGAUGCUUACUAGUUUACAUUGCAAUUCAGAAAAUAUUACUUUUGUCUCAGUACAUGAUUGCUUUUGGACUCAUCCUUGCACUGUAGAUGCUAUGAACAAAAUAUGUAGAGAACAGUUUGUAGCUCUUCAUUCUAAUCCUAUCCUUGAAGAUUUAAGUAAAUUUUUCAUAAAACGAUAUUUACCAAUUUAUGAAAAACUAAAAUAUAAAAAUAAUGACAUAGAAAAAAUACACAAACAUUUAACUGAUGUACCAUCAAAAGGCACUUUCAAUAUUCAUAACGUUUUGUCAUCUACUUAUUUUUUUAAUUAAAUUUUUACAAAUCUUAAAUA